CUCGUCUCGAGCUCAAGAACACCGCAACUGACACUAUCACAGACUGAUGCAGGUCUGGUAUUUUUCGUUAAACAGGUAUUCACUAAUUUAUGGUGAGCAGCCAACAUUAAGAGAUCGCAUGGUGCUCUGUAAAAUUAAUGCGGAACAAUUACCUCUGGAAACCGGAACUACAUCCUCGUUUCUACCGUUCACAGUUUCUUGUCGGAGCCAUAAUACAGUAACGCGCAGACUUAGGAAGAGGGAAAAAAAGAAGAUGGCAGGUGCCAAAUCAGCAUUGGUGUUGUGUAUGGACGUUGGGUUCUCCAUGUCCAACUCUGCCCCGGGUGAAGAGCCUCCUUUUGAACUUGCCAAAAAAGUUAUCCAGAAGUUUGUGCAGCGCCAGGUUUUUGCAGAGACCAAGGAUGAACUGGCUUUAGUUCUGUUUGGCACAGACUCCACCAAGAACUCACUGGAGCAGGACGGCCAGUACCAGAACAUCACUGUGCAUCGCAACCUCAUGAUGCCUGACUUCGAGCUUCUGGAGGAAAUAGAGAAUCAGAUCCAUCCAGAGAGUCAGCAGGCUGAUUGGCUGGAUGCUCUUGUUGUGUGCAUGGAUCUCCUUAAGACAGAAACGCAGGGGAAGAGGUGUGAUCGUCUCAACAUUUCCCUCCUGACUGACCUCAACACUCAGGCCAGCUCAGAGCAGCUGGACGUUAUCAUUGAUAACCUGAAACAAGCUGAUAUCACUGUGCAGUUUUUCUUGCCUUUCCCUGCGGAGGAGGAUGGAGAGGGUGGAGGAGAUCCGGACGGAGGAAGCGGUGGUCACCCGGGCGCAGGCAAAGAUCUGUCCGGGGAGCAGCAGAGCGGCCUCGACAUGGUGAAACACAUCAGUCUGAGCCUCAAUGAGGAGGAUGGCCUGGAUCAAAUUUACUCCUUCAGGAAUGCGAUUGAGCAGCUGUGCAUGUUUAAGCGUGUCGAGAGGAGGCCGAUGGCCUGGCCCUGUCAGCUGACCAUCGGCAGCUGUCUGCCCAUCCGUAUCGUUGGAUACAAAGCAGUGACAGAGGAGAAACUUAAGAAAAUGUGGACCACAGUUGAUGCUCAAACCAACAAGAGGGACGACGUGAAGAGAGAGACUGUCUAUUGUCUGGAUGAUGACAAUGAGACAGAGGUGCAAAAGGAUGAUACCAUCCAAGGUUUUCGUUAUGGAAGUGAUAUCGUUCCCUUCUCCAAAGUAGAUCAAGAACAGAUGAAAUACAAGCACGAUGGGAAGUGCUUUGCUGUUCUUGGCUUCGCCAAAGAGAACUCGGUACGUCGCCAUCAGUUCAUGGGGACUCAAGCCAUCAAGGUGUUUCCUGCCAAGGAUGAUGAGCAUGCAGGAGUUGCGCUGUCCGCUCUCAUCCGGGCGUUAGAUGAACUCAACAUGGUGGCCAUUGUACGUUACGCCUAUGACCGGCGCAGCAACCCUCAAGUAGGAGCAGCCUUCCCCUGCAUCAAGAGGAACUAUGAGUGUCUGAUCUACGUCCAGCUGCCCUUCAUGGAAGACCUCAGGCAGUUUACGUUUCCUUCUCUUGAAAACAACAAAAGGUUCACUGCGUCAGACACGCAGCUGUCGGCUGUGGACUCCCUCAUUGACUCCAUGAUGUUAGAAGAGGAUGAUAACGGAGACAAAAAGGACAUGUUCAAGGUCCACCACAUUCCCAACCCUUCCUUCCAGAGGCACUUCCAGUGUCUGCAUCAUCGGGCAGUGAGCCCCGACACCCCUCUUCCCCCCAUGGAGCCGUGGCUGAAGGCUGCUCUUGAACGCCCCGAUGUCGUCGCUGAACGUUGCCAGGGUCCACUCGAGGAGCUGAAGAAGAAGUUUCCUCUCGUGGAAGUGGAGAAGAAAAAGAAGCCGAAGACGAGUGCACAGAUCUUUGGCAAAGACUCUGAGGAGCCAGAUGCCAAGAAGGCAAAAGGAGAUGAAGAGGAGGAGGACUACAGCUUUGCUGACAUUGCCGAAGGCUCUGUUACUUCGGUGGGAAGCGUGGAUCCAGCCAAAGACUUCCGGACUCUCAUCAAGAAGAAGAGUCUUCCGUUCGGAGAGGUCUGUCAGCAGCUGACUCGCAGGAUAGAGCAGUUGCUUGGCAACAAGGACACACAGUACUACAUGAAAAGCAUCACCUGUAUCCAGGCUUUCAGAGAGCAGUCGGUUAAGCUGGAGGAUGCCAAUCUGUACAACGGUUACCUCCAGUCCCUGAAGAGAAGCAUCCCAAACAGAGGGCUGGAGGUCUUCUGGGACCUGCUUGUUCAAGAUGCCAUAACGCUUAUCAGCAAGGACGAGGUUGAAGGAAGCGCUGUAUCCAAAAGCGAUGCUAAUCAGUUUCUGGUUACUGAGGAGAAGAAAGAGGAGGCGGCUGCACCGCCUGCUGCAGAUACUGGAGAUGUUGAUGACUUGGCAAGUGUGAUUUCUUUAAUUCUGACCUUUUUCAGCUUUUAAAUAUUUAACUGAAGUUGCCAAAACUCGUGUUAAGACCAUUUCCUGUAUUUUUAGGACGGCCUAUUGAGACCUUUCAUACAAACGCUCCAGUCUCACAUCUUGUUUUUUUUCUCUCUUCCCAUGCAGCUGGACCUGAUGUAACAGUGGGAGCAGUGGGAGCGUAUGCAGCGAGAAACAAGAAGAAUGCAAUCAUUCAGCUCCACUGGACCAAACUUAUUCAGCCGUCCAUUGUUCUGCCUCCCACUUUGGGACCGAUGACAUUCCUAACACUGAGUAACAGCAUACGUACUGCAUAGAACUAUGUCUGACUGAGCUAAUGUGUGUGCCAGUACUGUGUGAAAUACUUUUCUUUAGUACUUAAGUACUGUAUGUUGAGGGCUUCAGAUGUGUUUUGUCUUAAAUAUCAAAAUGAUUUGAAAUAAUCCUGUUUUAAUUCCAUGGGAAUUUUCAGGAAUGUUGGACGAGUGAGUGCUUUAAAUCUUAAGAUUUAUGUGCAUGACAAAUCCUUUGUUUACACAAGACAUCACUGCCUUGUCCAAGAAACUGCAGGUUUAUUAUCUUAAAGCUUAAUGUACGACUUGUACUUUGAUUUGUAGAUGAAUACAGUUUUCCCCACACACAAUGCCUUGGUGUCAUUUGCAAAUUGUACAGUGCAAAGUAGAAUUGUAGUAGACCAGUAUCUCAUGUUUACAAUGCUGGAUUAAAAGCAGUAUGACCCAGUAUGACGUCCACAUCCAUGUGGUCUUUCUUUAACACACCCACUGGAUGAAACGGUCGAAGAAACUGGACAGGGACAGAUCAGACAAGUCUUUUCCUUUGAAGAUGGCGUCCUUGUCAUCCAUGGCCAGCUUCAUGAGGACUUUUUGGUCAACGUCACUUCUUGUGGCUAUCACAGUGGAAACAACCUGUGCCCCGCGCAUGGCACUCACAGCCUCGUCCAGGUCGUUGCUCUCAGUGAUGCCGUCUGUGAUGAAAACGAAUGAAACCUCUGCGUUGCGUCUCGUCUGGCGAGCAUUUCCUUUACCUAAGAUG